AUGGAUGCAGGUUAAUUGCCUAGCCCUCUUUCACAAAGUACAGAAUAAAGAUAGAUUGUAAUUGUGUUUUAGAGGCGAAUUUCCCAUUGGAAAUACUGUAUUAAUGGAAUGUUCACAAUGUGGUGACGGGCGCAUGCGUAUUUAACCUUGGUUCAGGUUUGUUUCUCUCCCAAGUGUGAAUAGAAAAUAUAAGGAAGACAGCAGAGGAGUUCCAGGAACUUCUGAACCACAGCUUCACGGAGAGAGCUCUGCCUGGAGAGUCCCAGACAGACAGCAUGGCAUAUCCAGAGAUCUAGGACUAUUACAUUUCUCUAUACUUUUGAAGUUUCAAUGGCAUUUAGAAAUUCAGGCAGGGAUCAAGUGGGAUUUACAGUAGGCUAUUCAGCAUAAUCUCUGUCACAUUUUAAGGACGACAGGGGAUCGGGAGAUUAAGGUAAAUUAUGUCAUGUUGCCAUUUAAUUUAAAGUGUAAAACAAGAAACAGUUGUGAAUGUUUGUAUGAUUAGAGAAAUCAUGAGAUCUGGCGCUCAUUAACUGAAGGUAUGCAAGAAGAUCGUAGAUCAAGGAAGUAAGCCGCGCACAGAGUGGUACAGACAGAGCAGCACUCAAGGCAAAACGUGUUUGUAGAUAAUACGUGGAAAUAAUAUAAUAUGCCAUUUAGCAGACGCUUUUAUCCAAUGCGACGUACAGUCAUGUGUGCAUACAUUUUUACGUAGGCCUAUGGGUGGUCCCGGGGAUCGAACCCACUACCCUAGCGUUACAAACGCCAUGCUCUACCACUUGAGCUACAGAGGACCACAAUAAGUGGUCCACAAGUAUGUUGGAAGCCCAGACCAUGUCCACAAAUAGGAUGCUGUUAUUAUUUAUACAAAUAAAAUACAAAACACAUUUUUCAAUUUACUGAAGUAACAUUUGAUAUCAUGGUUGGUUAUAAUUAUUUUUAUUUAACCUUUAUUUAACUAGAAAGGUGAGUUAAGAACAAAUUCUUAUUUACAAUGAUGGCCUACCAAAAGGCCUCCUAUGGGGAGGGGGGCUGGGAUUAAAAACAAAAUAAAAAUAUAGGACAAACCACACAUCACGACAAGAGAGACACCACAACACUACAUAAAGAGAGACCUAAGACAACAACAUAGCAUGGCAGCAACACAUGACAACACAGCAUGGUAGCAACACAACAUGACAACAACAUGGGAGCAACACAAUUACAAUAUAGUCAACUGUUAUUUAUGGCAACAACAAAAAAAUCACCACUGGUUCCACAAGAGCUGUAUACCGCCAGUAAUAAACUAAUUGUAAACAACUUGUUUGGCAUUACACCUUCAUGUUAUUCUAGUGAUACUGUAUAUUCAGGUCCUGGCAGGUCAUUACACCUUCAUGUUAUUCUAGUGAUACUGUAUAUUCAGGUCCUGGCAGGUCAUUACACCUUCAUGUUAUUCUAGUGAUACUGUAUAUUCAGGUCCUGGCAGGUCAUUACACCUUCAUGUUAUUCUAGUGAUACUGUAUAUUCAGGUCCUGGCAGGUCAUUACACCUUCAUGUUAUUCUAGUGAUACUGUAUAUUCAGGUCCUGGCAGGUCAUUACACCUUCAUGUUAUUCUAGUGAUACUGUAUAUUCAGGUCCUGGCAGGUCAUUACACCUUCAUGUUAUUCUAGUGAUACUGUAUAUUCAGGUCCUGGCAGGUCAUUACACCUUCAUGUUAUUCUAGUGAUACUGUAUAUUCAGGUCCUGGCAGGUCAUUACACCUUCAUGUUAUUCUAGUGAUACUGUAUAUUCAGGUCCUGGCAGGUCAUUACACCUUCAUGUUAUUCUAGUGAUACUGUAUAUUCAGAUCCUGGCAGGUCACAGUUGUUUUUUUAUCAGUUAUACAAUAGUCUCAUGGGGUCAGACUUAUGAGGUUCAAUAGCGGGCUUCAGAAUAGGCUAUUCAUUCUGGACAUGUUUUAUUGCAUUAAUAAUAUGAAGGCACAUUUAAGCUACUGCCUUCAAUUUUAGACCUGUACCUCUCAAUUGUUUGCUGGGUUAGAUUAGCAUUUUCACACACUUCUCAGUAGGUUUGGAGAGUGUUUUCAGCUCCCCAAGUCUAGACUUGCCAGGCUUCUAUCGAGACUUGGGCAGCCAGCCCUACAUCCACCUCUUCUCUAGAAUGGUGUGUUAGGCUCAGGGGCAUAUAUACAGCAGCAGCCAAUCCCUGGAGGGAAGUUGGCGGAAUAGACAUCCUGUGAUUUUCAAUGAUAACAGCCUGUGCACAUAACUACCUCUGUCAAAAUACAGCCACACCUUCUCAUAUUCAAAGGGUUUAAAAAGCUAAACCAAAAUUAUACUUCAGUCCCAGCAAGUUCACUGUUGAGGGUAGUAUCCUUAGGAUAUGCGCAUACAUUAGAGCCACACACACUAACCACCCUCACGUGUGGUGAGUCGUACUCAGUUGAUGACAUACACCCUCCAGAUUACUCAGUGAGAGGAAGGAAUAGGGUUUGGGAGUUUCCCAAAUGGAUGGAGAAGUAGUGGUCAGCACGGAACACAGAACACAGGAAACGGAACACAGGACACAGGACACGGAACACAUGACAUGAUGCAUGCUAGUGUUACCAGAACAGAACAGGAAGGGUACUGAUUCAGAAGCAUUAGUCUGAGGAAGAGCAGAACCAUGAAGAAUGUGUAUUCUCUUGCUGGUGUUUUACCUUGAAUGGGAAGCAUCAUUGUGGCAACAUAAAGCAUAACCACAUGGUGUAUAGAUCCCAUACAGUACCUGUGCUAUAUACUGUAUUUCUCUGUUCCCCAGAUGCAGGAGGACCCGGUGUAUGAUUUCCCUGAGCCGGUAGGGGAGCCGGUAGGAGAGAGGCGGGCUUGUCCUCAGCGUGGCUCCCUGAAGAGCAUCAGUGUGCUGGACCGUCUGCUUCUCACACACCCUGUCUGGCUGCAGCUGUCCAUCAACUCUGCUACUGCUCUGCACAUCCUACAGAGGGAGCCGCCUGGGGUGAGACCAGUGGAGGCUGCUGAGGGGAGGAUGGCUCAUAGUAAUGGCUGGAAUGGAGCGAAUGGAAUGGCAUCAAACACAUGGAAAUGAUGUAUUUGAUACCAUUCCACCUAUUACACCAACCUCAUGUGGGUGAGACGCACACUGCACACACACACAAACCACAACCUAAGUUUGUAUAUCUCUGUCUCUCUGCAGACCUUUCUGGUGCGCAAGUCCAACACCUCACAGAAGAAAGUGCUGUGUGUCAGGCUUGCAGACGACAGCAUCCCCUCCUUUGUCAAACAAUUUGUCAUCCGCGAAGUGAACUCCAGUGAGUGUUGAAAGAUAAAGCCAGAGAUGUUUCAUCUACAGUUGAAGUCGGAAGUUUACAUACACUUAUGUUGGAGUCAUUAAAACUAGUUUUUCAACAAAUCCACACAUUUCUUGUUAACAAACUAUAGUUUUGGCAAGUCGGUUAGGACAUCUACUUUGUGCAUGAAACAAGUAAUUUUUCCAACAAUUGUUUACAGAUAGAUUAUUUCACUUAUAAUUCACUGUAUCACAAUUCCAGUGGGUGACUGUGCCUUUAAACAGCUUGGAAAAUUCCAGAAAAUUAUGUCAUGGUUUUAGAAGCUUCUGAUAGGCUAAUUGACAUAAUUUGAGUCAAUUUGAGGUGUACCUGUGGAUGUAUUUCAAGGCCUACCUUCAAACAAAGUGCCUAUUUGCUUGACAUCAUGGAAAAAUUAAAAUAAAUCAGCCAAGACCUCAGGAAUUUUUUUUUGUAGUCCUCCACAAGUCUGGUUCAUCCUUGGGAGCAAUUUCCAUACGCCUGAAGGUACCACAUUCAUCUGUACAAACAAUAGUACGCAAGUAUAAACACCAUGGGACCACGCAGCCGUCAUACCGCUCAGGAAGGAGAUGCGUUCUGUCUCCUAGAGAUGAACGUACUUUGGUGCGAAAAGUGCAAAUAAAUCCCAGAACAACAGCAAAGGACCUUGUGAAGAUGCUGGAGGAAACAGGUACAAAAGGAUCUAUACCCACAGUAAAACAAGUCCUAUAUCGACAUAACCUGAAAGGUCGCUCAGCAAGGAAGAAGCCACUGCUCCAAAACCGCCAAUAAAAAGUCAGACUACGGUUUGCAACUGCACAUGGGGACAAAGAACGUACAUUUUGGAGAAAUGUCCUCUGGUCUGAUGAAACAAAAAUAGAACUGUUUGGCCAUAAUGACCAUCGUUAUGUUUGGAGGAAAAAUGGGAAGGCUUGCAAGCCGAGGAACACCAUCCCAAACAUGAAGCACGGGGGUGGCAGCAUCAUGCUGUGGGGGUGCUUUGCUGCAGGAAGGACAGGUGCACUUCACAAAAUAGAUGGCAUCAUGAGGAAGGACAAUUAUGUGGAUAUAUUGAAGCAACAUCUCAAGACAUCAGUCAGGAAGUUAAAGCUUGGUUGCAAAUGGGUCUUCCAAAUGGACAAUGACCCCAAGCAUACUUCCAAAGUUGUGGCAAAAUGGCGUGGCCAUCACAAAGCCCUGACCUCAAUCCUAUAGAACAUUUGUGGGCAGAACUGAAAAAGCGUGUGCGAGCAAGGAGGCCUACAAACCUGACUCAGUUACACCAGCUCUGUCAUGAGGAAUGGGCCAAAAUUCACCCAACUUAUUGUGGGAAGCUUGUGGAAGGCUACCCAAAACGUUUGACCCAAGUUAAACAAUUUAAAGGCAAUGCUACCAAAUACUAAUUGAGUGUAUGUAAACUUCUGACCCACUGGGAAUGUGAUGAAAGAAAUAAAAGCUGAAAUAAAUCAUUCUCUCUACUAUUAUUCUGACAUUUCACAUUCUUAAAAUAAAGUGGUGAUCCUAACUGACCUAAAACAGGGAAUUUUUACUAGGAUUAAAUGUCAGGAAUUGUGAAAAACUGAGUUUAAAUGUAUUUGGCAAAGGUGUAUGUAAACUUCCGACUUCAACUGUACAGCCCGUUGCAGUGAACGAUGAGGGUCUUACCAAUGAUCUUCCCCGUCUUCCUUCCAUUCACAGCCUUCUCUUUGGAGAGAGCCGCUAUCAGUUUCCCUGACCUCUGCCGGCUCAUCGCCUUCUACUGUGUUAGCCGGUAUGUUCUACGUCACAGUAGAAUAGGUUCAGGACCUUUAGACCAAUCAGACCUGUCUAUAAAACCUAUGUGCUGUCUAUUUCAGGGAUGUGUUGCCCUUCCCCCUGGAGCUCCCUGAGGCCAUAGUCAAGGCUUCAUCCCACAAACAGUUGGAGUCAAUCUCCCACAUGGGAGUGGGUAGGUACCACAGAGUGGUUCAGAGGUCUGAUGAUCCACCAAGGUCUUGGCCAUUGUUGUGGUCCUCUGUAGCUCAGCUGGUAGAGCACGGCGCUUGUAACGCCAAGGUAGUGGGUUCGAUCCCCGGGACCACCCAUACACAAAAAAAAAAAUGUAUGCACGCAUGACUGUAAGUCGCUUUGGAUAAAAGCGUCUGCUAAAUGGCAUAUUAUUAUUAUAUUAUUAUUGUAAUACUAGCUGCCAUUGUGUGCCGUACACAACUCAUCUCUAGGUUUCUUCUUAGGUUUCUGCCUUCUAUGGAGUUUUUCAUAGCCACUGUGCUUCUGCCUCUCCAUUGUUGCUCUUUGGGGUUUUAGGCUGGGUAUCUGUAAAGCACUUUGUGACAACUGCUGAUGUAAAAAGGAAUUUAUAAAAUACAUUCGAUUGAUUGAUCAAGGAUAGCCUUGAGGACGUAUGCUGACAUAGUUUUGCUUAUUUUUCACUCAGAGUUCUGGAGCUCCCAGCUGAACUUCAGAGGUCCACGCAAUGGGCCCCCACCAGUGGAGGAGGCACCGCUGCCCCCUAGCCCCACCCCUGAGGACUGUGCCACGCCCGAGGAGAGCCCCACCCUGUUUCAAGAGUUCUGCCCCAUCCAAACACGCAGCCCCCAGGAGCUGAACUGUGGGGCAGCAGGCCAAGGGGCUCUCUGUUUCAUCAACCCACUCUUCCUGCAGUCCCAGACUGCACUGCACAGACGCCACCAGUUCAAACGCAGCCUCAAGGUGCGUGUCUCCACUGAGAACUCUAGCCCCUUGUCCCCACCAUUCGCUCCUCCCCCUCCCCCACCUCUGCUGGCCAAGAAAAAGAGCAAGAAGGUCCAGCAGGCCAGUAGAGCAAUGGAGGCCAGAGUGGAGGGUGAGGGAGGGACAGCACCCGUCCAGGAGCACUCAGAUUACUUGCAGCCAGUUCUUCUGAAGAAGACCAGGGUCACACCCACACUGUCUCCCACUGCAGAGGAGGAUGACUACCAUGUGCCCAUAGGUCUCCUGCAGGGACUGGCCCAGGAGAAAGUAGGUGAGGGGGAGGAGGGGGUGAGUGAGGAGGAGGUGGGUCUCCUGCUGGAGCAGAGAUGUGCUCCCUCCCUGAGUGAGCUGGAUAGCAGCAGUUCCCUCAGCAGCCUGGAGGAGGCAGAUGAGAGCUCAGAGCGACCUUCCCUCAGCAGGGGAACAAGUAACCCCUCACCCCCAUGCACUUCUCCCGCUCACCAGCCCGUCUCAGCCCUGCGCAAGCUUAGUGCAGCCUUUGUGUCCUUCUUUGUGCCUGAGAAGCGCGUAGCGAGGCUGGUGGAGGACCUGUCCCAUGACAGGAGGACUGCGUUUGGUGUCCUGGUGCAGGACUUCCUCAGGCAGCAGCGAGAGGCGAUCAAGCCUCAGUGCCAGAGAUCUGGCAUAGAGCUACUGCAGGGCAUCCGCCUCUUCCUCUCCCAGGCCAAAACCUUUCUGCUGGACUGUGGAGAACUAGAGCCCCCCAUUGAGACCAUGGUGCCUGAUGAUGAGAAAGGUACAGCAGCAUUGCUGCCCAAUGCAAACAGCAGGCAUUAGUCAAAUAAAUUCAAAAUAUGCUCAGUCAUUUUAAAUACAACCAGUACUAGCAUGUUUCCCUAGUGAUGAUGACAUGUGACAUCUUAUGAUUAUGCUUGUUUGUGUGCAGACCUGGUGCUGGAGAAAGCCAUGUUCCGCUGUGUGCUGAAACCUAUGAAGGGACAAAUAGACGGGACACUGCAAACUUUGCAUGAGCGAGAUGGCUCCACCCAAAGCAUGGCAGAGAGUCUGGCUGUGGCCAGGGGAAAGACCCCGUUGGAGUGUUUUGGAGUGCGGGUGGGAGUGCCGGAUGCUGCCGGUGUGGAGAAGGUGCGGCAGAAGUUAGCGCUCAUGAGGCGGGCCUACUCUCCCAUUGACAAGGUUGUGCUACUCUUGCAGGUCUGCAAGCUCAUCUAUAAAGCCAUGAAGGACAAUUCAGGUGAGGGCUUUUCUAUGAGAGAACGUGGUAAAGAAAUAAACUUUACAGAACCAAAAGCUGCUAUCCCUCCCAUCCUUGGUCUUGUCAUGGCUUGUGUCAACAUGGUUGCUCUGUCUUGUCUCCAUGAGCAGGCCAGGAGUUCGGUGCAGAUGACUUCCUGCCAGCCCUGUCCUAUGUCCUCGUACAGUGUAACAUGCCUGAGCUGUCUGUGGAGGUGGAGUACAUGAUGGAACUGCUGGAGUCAUCAUGGCUCAAAGGGGAGGGUAAGGCUUUAAAUGUGAAAAUAUUUGGAAUAGUAUGUGAUGCCAAAUAGCCAUCAUAAUCCAUAAUUUUGUAAUGCUUGUACCAGGUGGGUACUACCUGACCAGUGUGUAUGCCAGCCUGUGCCUGAUCCAGAGCAAGCCUGAAGUAGUGCCCUCCAGUGGGCUGACCCACGAGGCCAGAGACUCUUUGAAAGACUGGAGCCGGCGCCGGAGCAGCCAGGCGCAGAGCCAGAAAAACUUACAACAGCAACUGGUACGGCUCAAUUAAUUCAUUUAUUAGCACCAAUACUGUAUAGCAGGGGUAGGCAACUACACUGAACAAAAAUAUAAACGCAACAUGCAACAAUUUCAAAGAUUUUACAGAGUUACAGUUCAUAUAAAGAAAUCAGUCAAUUGAAAUAAAUUCAUUAGGCCCUAAUCUAUGGAUUUCACAUGACUGGGAAUACAGAUAUGCAUCUGUUGGUCACAGAUACCUUUAAAAAAAGGUAGGGGCAUGGAUCAGAACCAAUCAGUAUCUGGUUUGACCACCAUUUGCCUCAUGCAGCGCGACACAUCUCCUUCGCUUAGAGUUGAUCAGGCUGUUAAUUGUGGCCUGUGGAAUGUUGUCCCAGUCCUCUUCAUUGGCUGUGCGAAGUUGCUGUAUAUUGGCAGGAACUGGAACACACUGUCGAACCAUUGAUCCAGAGAAUCCCUAACAUGCUCAAUGGGUGACAUGUCUGGUGAGUAUGCAGGCCAUGGGAGAACUGGGACAUUUUCAGCUUGCAGGAACUGUGUACAGAUCUUUGCGACAUGGGGUCGUGCAUUAUCAUGCUGAAACAUGAGGUGAUGACAGCAGAUGAAUGGCAUGACAAUGGGCCUCAGGAUCUCGUCAUGGUAUCUCUGUGCAUUCAAGUUUCCAUCAAUAAAAUGCAAUUGUGUUCGUUGUCUGUAGUUUAUGCCUGCUCAUACCAUAACCCCACCACCACUAUGGGGCACUCUGUUCACAACAUUGACAAAAGCAAACUGCUCGCCCACACGACGCCAUACACGUGGUUGAGGUUGGUUCGACAUACUGCCAAAUUCUCUAAAACAUUGUUGGAGGCGGCUUAUGGUAGAGAAAUGAACAUUAAAUUAUCUGGCAACAGCUCUGGUGGACAUUCCUGCAGUCAGCAUGCCAAUUGCUUGCUCCCUCAAAACUUGAGACAUCUGUGGCAUUGUGUUGUGUGACAAAACUGCACAUUUUAGUGUGGCCUUUUAUUGUCCCAACCCAAGGCGCACCUGUGUAAUGAUCAUGCUGUUUAAUCAGCUUCUUGAUAUGCCACACCUGUCAGGUGGAUGCAUUAUCUUAGCAAAGAAGAAAUGCUCACUAACAGGGAUGUAAACAAAUUUGUGCCAACAUUUUAGAGAAAUAAGCUUUUUGUGUGUUUGGAAAAUUUCUGGGAUCUUUAAUUUCAGCUCAUGAAACCAACAGUUUACAUGUUGCGUUUAUAUUUUUGUUCAGUGUAGAUUCAGCCGCGGGAUGAUUUUUGUCAGAGGGAAUGGUCAGGGGAUCGGAACAGUUAUAAUAAUUUGUACAUUGCAAAUUGACCACAACUAAGCCCAGAAAGAGAUUGUAUUUUAAAAUAUCAAAAAUUAAACUAAUUUUUAGAUGAAUUCAUUUUGAUUUUACAGUCCUUUUUUUACCCAAAAACUAAAGUCCCCCAGCCCCCCGGCCAAUUUUGGCCCAUGGGCUGCUUGUUGCUGACCCCUGCUGUAUAGAAUCCCUCACCUAGCACUAAUACUGAACACAAAUUAACACACACUCGUCAUACCUAACAGAUUUGUGGAAUAAUAUGCCACAGUAGAAUAUCUCUGUACCCCAAAGCUACCGUAAGGAAUGCUUGGAUACUGUUCUCCUGGGUACAUACCUUCUUUUCAUUCUGUGUUGCAGAGGUGUGUCAGGGUUCUGUUUCAAGAUGGAGAGAACAACUGGAUGAAAACCCUGCAGUGGAGGGCAGGAGUUAGUGGGGAGGCCCUGACCCAGCUCUGUGCUGCUAAAUUUGGGGUGGGCAACCCAGAGCUGUAUAAACUGUACUGGCGGAGUGAGGGGGAGAUCCAAGCCCUCCCAGCACAGGCCCAGAUCCAAGACCUACAGGGCCAAGGAAGCAGUGGAUCACCCCUCAUAUACCAGCAAGCCAACCAGGAUGAACUCAAGACUGGCAAAUUAACCAGAAAGGAGGCUGUGGACUUUGUGGGAUUACCUUGA